GACCAGCUCAUGUUUCUCAUUUGGCAGAUGGGGAAAGUGUUCGGUGCAGCACACCCCAAGCUGCGCGGAUCACGAGCGAGACCCGCUGACCUGCCUGGCUGUGCGAGCCUAAACUCCUUGACAACUCCACCCGCGCUGGUCAGCGUGCCGGUCGAGGAGUCAGCGUGCCGGUCGAGGAGUGUUCUUCACACACUCCCACUCACGUUUCGUUACUUCGGUGUAGUCACAGUUGAAAAGUUAUACAUUCGAUUAUUUAGGUAACGUUUAUAAACCUUGUGCCUUGAGGAUGGAUAUGGUGAGGUUUGUGCUAAAUUUGCUGCUUGCGAGCGCGGUGGUUCUCUUGGGCUUGACCAGGGCUUCAGAAAUGCAAGUGAUUGACAUGCUGGAGCUGCACGAUGCCAGGCAGAGUGCGUCCGCGGUGGGGAAGAUGUCGGGGGCUCUGGGCUUCGUGUCGGACCUUUACCUGGUGUCAACUCUUCGUCUGCCGCCCAAACUGGGAGGAGUGUUGUUGGGAGUCUACAACAAAGGCGACAACAGGAAGUACCUGGAGGUGGCCCUCAUGGGCAAGGUCAACAAAGUUCUGGUGCGCUACGUACGCGAGGAUGGUAAAAUACACACUGUGAACCUCCAGAACCCUGGCCUCUCCGAUGGACGCACCCAGUCACUCAUCCUCCGUGUGGGUGGGCUCCAACGAAACCACCUCCACAUGGAACUCUAUGUCAACUGCCGAUUGGCUGACUCAGCACAGGUCCUGCCAUCCAUGGUCCAGCUCCCAGCCGAGGCAGAGUCUGUGGAGAUACGCAACGGGCAGAAGGCCUAUGCCAGGCUACAGGGCUCAGUGGACUCUUUGAAACUGGCUUUGGGUGGCUCUAUAGCCAAAGCAGGAAUCCUUACCGACUGUCCGUUUCAGGGAGAUACACAUUUUCAGAAUUCAGUUAGCGCCGAUGUCAAUGCCAUUCUGGGUGACCACACCAAGGCUUUGAUUGGCCAGCUGAUCAUCUUCAACCAGAUUCUUGGUGAACUCCGAGAGGACAUCAGGGAACAGGUAAAGGAGAUGUCUCUGAUUAGGAACACUAUCCUGGAGUGCCAAGUGUGUGGCUUCCAUGAGACCCACUCUCGCUGCGAGCCCAACCCCUGCUAUAAGGGCUUGGCCUGUACAGAGACCAGGGAGUACCCAGGGUACCGUUGUGGUGCCUGCCCAGACGGCAUGACGGGGAAUGGCACCCACUGCCAGGACAUUGACGAGUGUGCUCUAGCCCGGCCCUGUUUCUCGCCCGAGGGUUGCGUAAACACGGCAAAGGGCUUCACCUGUGAACCAUGUCCCGUGGGCUUCUCCGGACCCAUCCUUAGCGGGCUUGGGGUGGAGUUUGCCAAGAGCCACAAGCAGAAGUGCAGAGAUGUGGAUGAGUGUGCUGUCCCCUACAAGGCCUGUGUGCCGAACUCUGUCUGCAUCAACACAGAGGGCUCGUUCAGGUGUGGUCCGUGUAAGGAGAGCUUCGUAGGCAACCAGACGGUGGGCUGUUUCCUGCGGAGGUCCUGCGCCACGCUGGGCUUCAACCCCUGUGACGUCAAUGCCCACUGUGUCAUAAAGGGUGCUGCCAGGGUCUCCUGCGAGUGUAAUGUGGGCUGGGCAGGUAAUGGGCAUACAUGUGGCCCAGACACAGACAUUGAUGGCUACCCCGACCAACCUCUCCCCUGCAUAGACAAUGACUAUCACUGCCGAGCCGACAACUGUGUGAACACACCCAACUCUGGCCAGGAGGAUGCAGACGGAGACGGUAUAGGUGACCAGUGUGAUGAAGAUGCGGACGGAGACGGCAUCAAGAACGUGGAGGACAACUGCCGUCUGGUCCCAAACAAGGAUCAACAGAACUCGGACACAGACUCGUAUGGGGACACGUGUGACAACUGCCCCAACGUUCCCAACGGAAGCCAGAAGGACACAGAUGGAAACGGGGCUGGGGAUACCUGUGACAAUGACAUUGAUGGGGAUGGUAUCCCAAACGUGCUGGACAACUGUCCCAAGGUGCCCAAUCCUAUGCAGACUGACCGUGAUGGGGAUCGAGUGGGGGACGCUUGUGACAGCUGCCCGGAAGUCAACGACCCCAUGCAGUCUGAUACAGACAACGACCUGGUGGGAGAUGUGUGUGACACCAACCAGGACAUGGAUGGGGACGGCCACCAGGAUUCAAGGGACAACUGUCCAGACGUCCCUAACAGCUCCCAGCUGGACUCAGACAAUGACGGCAUCGGCAACGAAUGCGACGAUGACGACGACAACGAUGGCAUUCCAGAUGCGAGACCUCCCGGGCCGGAUAACUGUCGUCUCAUCCCUAACCCCAGCCAGACAGACACUAAUGGAAAUGGCAUUGGUGACAUGUGCGAGAAUGACUUUGACAACGACUCUGUGAUAGACUUGAUUGACGUGUGUCCAGAAAGCGCUGAAGUCACAAUGACUGACUUCAGAAACUAUCAGACGGUCAUCCUGGACCCGGAGGGCGAUGCCCAAAUCGAACCCAAGUGGAUUGUGCUCAAUCGGGGUAUGGAAAUUGUUCAAACCAUGAACAGUGACCCUGGUUUGGCCAUAGGCUACACAGCCUUUAACGGGGUAGACUUUGAAGGGACAUUCCACAUCAACACGGCCACAGACGAUGACUACGUGGGCUUCAUCUUCGGUUACCAGGACUCGUCCAGCUUCUACGUGGUCAUGUGGAAACAGACGGAGCAGACCUACUGGCAGUCGCUGCCUUUUAGGGCCAUGGCCCAGCCAGGCCUGCAACUAAAGGCAGUGAAGUCACGUACGGGUCCAGGCGAGUACCUCCGGAACGCCCUGUGGCACACGGGCGACACCCCGGGCGAGGUCACCCUGCUGUGGAAGGACCCCCGGAAUGUGGGCUGGAGGGACAAGACAUCUUACCGCUGGCACCUCAGCCACCGCCCACAGAUGGGCUACAUCAAAGUGAGGCUGUAUGAAGGCAUGACAUUGGUGGCAGACUCGGGCGUGCUGGUGGACACCUCAAUGAGGGGCGGGAGGCUGGGCGUCUUCUGCUUCUCCCAGGAGCAAAUCAUCUGGUCCAACCUGGGCUAUCGCUGCAACGAUACUGUACCAGAGGACUAUGAGUUCUACCGCAAGCAGAUCCACAUCAGGGUGUGACUUUAAGCCUAGCACAGCAUCUGUGCAGAUACAUUCCAUCACCUGUGCCUUAGCUCUAUCCUGUGUGUCUGUGUGUGCGCAUAUACAUGCAUACUUUUGUGUUUUUAAGGUACAUUUACUUUACAGUGGUGCUCUUUCUGUCUUUAACUCCACAGCAACCUUACACCUGACUACAGGUUGGCCAAGUCAAGAGCUAAAGAUUGAUUGACAAAACAAUAGUUUUUAUUAUUAUUAUAUAAAAUGACAAAAGAAUAGCUUUUAUUAUUAUUAUAUAAAAUGAAGAAUGAAAGCUAUACUGAACAAAAAUGUUAAAGCAAAAUGCAACCAUUUGAAAGAUUUUACUUAGUUACAGUUCAUAGAAGGAAAUAAGUCCAUUUAAAUAUAUAAAUUAGGCCCUAAUUUAUGGAUUUCACAUUACUGGGCAAUGAGCGCAGCCUGGCCCAGCCAAUCAGAAUGAGUUUUUCCCAACAAAAAGGCUUUAUCACUGGACAGAAAUACUCUUCAUCUCCUCAGACGAUCCUGCAGGUGAAGAAGCCAGAUGUAGACAUCUUGGGCUGGCAUGGUUACACGUGAUCUGCGGUUGUGAGGCUGGUUGGACGUACUGCCAAAUUCUCUAAAAUUAUGUUGGAGACGGUUUAUAGUAGAGAAAUUAACAUUACAUUCUCUGGGUAAAGCUCGGUUGAACAUUUCUGCAGUCAGCAUGCCAAUUGCACACUCCCUCAACUUGAGACAUCUGUGGCAUUGUAUUGUAUGACAAAACAGAACAUUUUUGAGUGGCCUUUUAUUGUCCCCAAAACAAGGUGCACCUGUGUAAUGAGCAUGCUGUUUAAUCAGCUUCUUAAUAUGCCACACCUAUCAAGUGGAUUAAUUAUAUUGACAAAGGAGAAAUGCUCACUAAAAGGGAUGUAAACAAAUUUGUGCACAAUUUGAGAGAAAUAAGCUUUUUGUGCAUAUGGAACAUUUCUGGGAUCUUUCUCAUGAAACAUGGGACCAACACUAUACAUUUACAUUUUUGUUCAGUAUACUUUUAAGAAAUCAAGAUUGUGAAAUCCCAAGGUACAGGACUACACUGAGUGUACAAAACAUUAGGAACACCUUCCUAAUAUUGAAUCAGAAGAGCCUCAAGUCGUCGGGGCAUGGACUCUACAAAGUAUCGAAAGGGAUGUGGCCCAUGUUGACUCCAAUGCUUCCCACAGUUGUGUCAAGUUGGCUGGAUGCCCUUUGGAUGGUGGACCUUACUUGAUACACACGGAAACUGUUGAACGUGGAAAUACCCUGCAGCGUUGCAGAUCUUGAUUAAUUGGCUACAUUUACACAGGCAGCCUAAUUCUGAGCUUUUUUUUUCACUAAUUGGUAUUUUGAGUGAAUAAGCAAGCUGAGUUCGGUCCUCGGAAACAAGACACGCUGCUUAACACACUGCUCGCUUAACCCAGAAGUCGGAGAAAACAGGUCAUGGCUAGAAGGCAUCCAGCUUUGGUCAAAUUAACGUCAGAUUUGACUGUUUGUAGAAAGUUAGAAGAACUUAUGCAACAGGUUAGGAUAAUUAAAGUAGAAGGUUGGGAGAAUUAGGUUAAGUUUAGGAAUAGGGUUAAGGUUAGUUAAAAUGCCAACUUUUGAUCAAAGCUGGAAUCCUUCAACACAUUGGUAAGGUUGACUUCCGGGGUUAAGCGAGCAGUGUGUUAAGAAGCUUAAGAAGCAGCACGGCUUGGCAGGUCACGUUUCAGAGGAUGCGUGUCUCAAACUUCGCCUCGUUGCAGGGAUGAGACAAGGUUGUAACUACCAAUUGGAUAUCAUGAAAAUGGGGGCAAAAAAAUAAGAUGCAUUGUGAUCUGAAUGUGAUCAGAUCCUCCUGCCCGUCUUCGGAGGUAGUCAGGCACGCAUUGUGUCUGGAUAUCUUACAAGUGUAGACGGCUCUGGACAGUGAAUCCAUUUAAAUAAUUAUUCUGCCCUCUAAAAUAAUUUACAACUGGCACCACUGACUUAAUGUAUCAGCAGGCAUGUGCGUCUUACAGGAGGGCCGGGGAAUCUGGUCACAAUGCAUACAGUGCAUGGAUAAAAUACAUUUUAACACCAUGUGUAGACAAGUCUGAAAAUGUGGGCACAAAAAGAAUGAGGACAAGAUCAGGACACAGGAUUAAUGUUAUAACCAGGAGUGUAUUCAUUACGCAGACUCUGUUGCAAAACAUUUCGUCUGUUGCAACUGAAACCAUUUACUCCAAACAGAAAACAUUUUGAGAUGAAAACGAGAAUUUCUAUUGAAAAAAAUCAGAUAGCUCCCUCUCCGUUUUUCUUUUCAACCUAGCAACAGGUAGGGCUCAAAACAGGCUCUGCCCCACCUGCCCUGAAUGACGACUGGCCUCUGGAAUCAACAGAGCUGGCUUUGCCCAUUCAGCUAGAAGUAGCUUUGCAGCAUAUUUUUAGUUGGCAACUAGCACAAAUGUCAUGUAGCUAAGUAUCUCAAUAGUCUUUUCUUAAACCCUUUGAUGACCACACUAAACUUAUGCUAGACGACGCACACUACUUCAACCCAACGGGCCAGUAACGUUAACCAGAAAGGUUGCGAGAUCGAAUCACCAAGCUGACAAGGUAAACGUCUGUCGUUCUGCCCCUGAACAACGCAAUUAACCCACUGUUCCUAGGUCGCCAUUGUAAAUACGAAUCUUAACUGACUUGCCUAGUAAAAUUUUAAAAAGUCCGCGGUGUAAAAUAGAAAUAUCACUUGUUAUAAUUCACAGUUGAAUUACCUCCAAAAACAAUGCAACCAUCAUUGAUGUUGAUGCUAUCCAUCUGGUCAGUCAGUCUGGCUGAAAUCGCUCACUAAAAAUCUAUUUUAAUGCAGCUUUAUAUUCACAAUUGGGAAAAUGCAAGGUAUGUUUGGAAAUGUUUUGUUUUGGUCUCGAGCGUGCUUCAUUCUCCCAGGGAACAGCCGCGGGCGUGGAUAAAAAGACGCUGCAGGCGUUUACAUAGACAAUAACUAUAGCAGCACACGUUGACCUCUAGAUGGAGCAAUGUGAUCACAGUUUUAGUGGUGACAGGGGAAACAUUAACUUUCUCUGCACUUCUGAUUCACGCUCCAGAC